AUGUUGCUCAGCGUGGUCAAGACAGCAAAUCCAGCUCUCCCAUCAACCUCAAAGGCGAUGGAUGAUGCAACUCCAAUUCUGUCCAAAAGGGCACUCCAAAGGCGUCGUCAAUGCCUCGCUCAACAACUCGCCAAGGCCAGGGAGUCAAAAGAUGGAGUGCGCUAUGCAGAGGACUUGAAGUCAAGGCAGCGACAAGAGCAACGGCAAGCAAUCAACCUCCCCUCCAAAACAGAAGCGAAUAUCAUGAUGGAGGAUGAAGACAAGGCGAUGUUAUUAUUGUGUUCGUUGCCGGAUGAUGAGUUUAGUACUUUUGUUCUCACUAUGAUAAAUGGACGAACUACAGUCAGCUACAAGGAGGUGACCUCGGCAUUGGUAAAUUAUGAGCUGAGGAAGAAUGAUAGUGAGCCCUCUGAGAAGGCAUCGGGUGAUGCAUUAGCAGUUCGUGGCCAAGAGGGACAUUGGAAAAACGAAUGCCCAAAGUUGAAGAAGGGUAGAGCCGGAAAGCAAAGGGAGAAAGUUGUACAAGCUUCAGAGGUGAAUGUUGCUAAGGUUGUUGGCGACACUUUAGAUUUGGAUUCUUCCGAGUUGGAGAGAGGGGACGUGGUGCUUAUGGGGAACGAUCACGUUUGUCCUAUUAGUGGGAUUAGCUCAGUCAGAAUCAGAAUGCAUAACGGGGUGACUAGGGAAUUGAAAGAAGUGAGAUGUGAAGAUCUGUUUAAUCAAACAUCCUAUUGGACUGUUUUCCCUAAACUGACAGUUAAGAGGGUUCUCACUGAUGCUGCUAAACAUUGGUUAAUUAAGGAAGUUAAUUACAAGGAGAUAAGAAAUGCCCUUUUCCAAAUGAAUGCAGAUAAGGCACCAGGCCCAGAUGGAUUCAAUGCAUAUUUUUAUCAACAAAAUUGGGAUAUAAUUAAGGAUGAUGUGGUUCUGGCAGUGCAAAAUUUCUUUUCUUCUGGUUCUCUUCUUAAACAAAUUAACCAUACUUUCCUUACUCUUGUGCCGAAAUCAAAAGAAGCUACUUCUAUCCAAGAUUAUAGACCAAUAUCAUGUUGCAAUGUCAUUUACAAGAUUAUUACUAAAAUCCUUGCAAAUAGAUUAAAGCUUGUGAUUGGAGAAUUGAUUUCUAAGAAUCAACAUGCUUUUCUUCAAGGGAGACAUAUAGGUGAGUGCUCUUUACUUGCUCAUGAAUUGCUUAGAGAUUUCAACAAGAAUCAUGGUAAGAGAGCCUGUUUUAAGAUUGAUCUUCAUAAGGCAUUUGAUAGCAUCAAUAGAGAAUUUGUAUACUAUAUUAUGCACUGUAUGGGUUUCCCAGUUAAAUGGAUUAAUUGGAUUAGAGAAUGUCUAUCUACUCCCUCUUUCUCAGUACUAUUAAAUGGUUCCUCCUCAGGAUUCUUUAAGAGUAAUAGGGGUAUUAGACAAGGGGAUCCCCUUUCUCCAUAUAUCUUUGUCUUGACCAUGGAAUUCUGGUCUAUUGGUAUGGAACUAGCAACUAUCUCAGGGAAUAUCCAGAAUUUUAAAACACAACAGGAACUUCAAGUCUCUCAUAUUUUAUUUGCAGAUGAUAUGCUAGUAUUUUGUAGAGCAAAUAGAAGUUCAUUUGAAGGUAUCAACAACCUGCUGGAAGCUAUGGCAUUGAAUACUGGCCUGUGUAUUAACAGGAAAAAAAGCAAAUUAUUUUUCAGUAAAGGUUGCAACUACAUAGGUGUAUUAAGCUCAAUUGUGGGAAUUUCUAUUGGGAAUCUUCCUAUGAAAUACCUAGGAUUACCUCUAUCUGCCAAAUACCCGAAAGCUAAGGAUUUUCUUCCUCUUAUUGACAAGAUCAGAUAUAAGAUUGAAGGCUGGAUGACACAUUCUCUUUCAUUUGCAGGGCGAUUGGAGCUUGUUAAAGCUGUCUUAUUCAGUACCUCAGCCUAUUGGUAUUUUGUUUAUAAAUUCCCUAUAUCCAUUGUCCAAAAUUUGGAAUCAAUUUUUGCAAAUUUUCUCUGGAAUGGAAAACUUCAUGCUAUCAGCUGGAAGGAGGUUUGUCGGCCAAAACAGGAAGGGGGAUUUGGUCUGAGACAACUAAGUGAUAUUGGUCAAGCAGCUGCUCUAAAAUUAAUAUGGAGACUAUUAACAACUAAUACUCUAUGGUCAAGCUGGAUGAAAGUCAGAUAUGUCAGAGGAGGUAAUUUGUGGAAUUCUACUUCUAAUCUAUUGGAUUCAGGUACCUGGAAGCACAUAUACAGUCAUAAGGAGAAAGCUCUGAGCUGCAUUAGGAAAACCAUUGGGAAUGGGGAGGCUACUUCACUUUGGUUUGACCCAUGGUUACAGGAAGGUAGAAUAUGUGAACUUCUAAGCCAACUAACUCCUCAACUUACAGGCACUAGUACUUGGACAGUCUCUAACAUCAUUCAAAACUCUCAAUGGAAUUUCAUCUUGCCAUGCCUUAGUCCUCUGAUACCUUUCAUUACUAAAAUAUCAGUGUCAGGUCAGGAAGAUCAAUGGAUAUGGUUGCAUACUGGUGAUGGGAUUUUCUCUUUUUCCUCAGCUUGGAACCAAGUACGGACACACUACAACAUUUUUGAGCUUUACAAUGUGGUAUGGUUUCCCUACUCUAAUCCUAUGAUGUCUUGUUGCAUGCUUAGAAGUUUAAAUAACAGGUUACCUACAAGAAACAGACUUUUCAGAUUUGGUAUUACCUCAAUAGAAGUUUGUGCUCUCUGUUAUGCCUCGAAGGAGACUAGGGAUCAUCUAUUCUUCCAAUGUGAAUUUUCAGCAUUUAUUUGGAAGUUAUGUAGACUUAAAUUGCAGCUAAAGGCUACAGAUGCAAAGGAGCUGAAAACAGAAGCCCUGGAAAUCAAGGAAAAGUUCAAAUUUAAAGAUAAUACUUAUAUUUUGGCUAGAUUAGCUUUGAAUGCAACAGUGUGGCAUAUUUUGCAAGAAAGGAACAUGAGGAUAUUCCAUGAUCGAAAGUUGCACAAGAUUAUGGUGUUCAGAAGAAUUUACGAAGAUAUCAAUAUUUUGCUUAGAACUUGCAAUUGGAAAGUUGGUAAUUCUGUUAUUCUAACAAACUGGGGCUUUAAUAAACGAUGA